AUGGAUGAUCUGGUGUUUACCAGGAGCCUGAUAGAAGAGAUGAACCAGGUGGACAUGAGGGCUGAAUGUUUCCCUCUAUGUCACCGUCGAGAGUUGUGUAACCUCGUCUUGUACAACUCACUCACAAGGAAGUGCAGAGUAUACACUGAAGCCUUUGGCUUGAUCAGUGACGGCACAGUUGAAACUGGAUGGCAGUACUAUGGAAUUACCUGUGUCAACUUUAAACUUGACAAUGCGCACGCAGAUGUUGACGUCAUCAACACUGUCCCCAAAGAUGUCUGCAACUCCAACAUCAUUGCUGCCGCCGACAACACAUCUUCAUGUCAUAUUGGUGCAUCAUGGGAAGUGGUGCCAGUCAAGUGUCUGUCAUGCUACACAGGCCUACCACAACAGUACGCAUAUCCAUACGCGGGACAUACAGAAGAAUUGACCUUUGACCUUGCUGCAGGGAUGAAGCUGAAGAUGGAAGUGUCAGGAGACAGAACUCUAUCCAACGAAGUCUGGAUGGUAACCCUGACCGAGGACAUCGUGUAUGUGUUGUCUUUGAGAUGGAGCACUACCCCAACUGUAGCCAUCUUCAACACUGGGCAAGGUGGAGAAUAUGGAGUAGAGGAAAGACUGUAUGAUCUUACCUUUGUUGACGGAGAUCUGUGGAUGGCCAACCAGAUGCGUCUACCUUUCAUCGAUGUCCGACGUGUAAAAGUUAAAGGCUUCACCGCACUGCACAGUUUCCACGUUGGCUAUGAUAUGUGCUGA